AUGAGUACUUCGUCGACGAUCGCGACAAGCGGGGUGACGACAUCGACGCGAUGCGACGUCGCGUCACGGUGGCAUCGUGGUUCGCUCUUUCGUCGCACCGUCGGUGUUCGUCGCACCGUCGCAACGUCGUACGGAGAAACAGUCGGGGACGUCGACGUGGCGAGCGGUCCUCAGCUCAAGACCGUCGACGUCCUUGCGGCGCGUCGAAGAGCGACACUUCGCGCGGUGACGAAUGAAGAAGAGAUUGCGCUCUUACUCGAUGCCGCCCCCGCGCGCGUUCGAGACGCGCUAGGGGCAGACGAUCGCAGGCUUGAGCUGAGCGAGAUCGUGCUCGAUGUAGGACGACUUCCCACGGCUCGUUUUCCCGAUGGUGACACGACCAUCGGCGAUGAGAUGGUCACUUACGACGACUUGGCGCGAUUGAUGGACAAAGUUGGAGACUUCGGAAGAGAUAAUCGUGCGGGUAUCAAUGGAACGUUGCAUCGCGUGAGCGCAAUUAGGAAUAGGUACGGAAAGGUGGUCGGCGCGACGUGCAGAGUUGGACGGUCGAUUUCAGGCUCAGCCGCACUUAUCAGGGAUAUUCUGGAGGCUGAGACGUCAGUAUCGGCAAUGAAUGCCUCGAUUCUACUCCUGGGGCGACCAGGCGUUGGGAAGACGACUGCAAUUAGAGAAAUUUCCCGCAUUCUCGCCGAGGAGCAUCAUCGCCGCGUGGUGAUCGUUGACACCUCAAAUGAGAUUGCGGGAGACGGUGAUGUUCCGCAUAAAGGCAUCGGUAGCGCCCGGCGCAUGCAAGUCCCGACGGCGAGUGAGCAACACUUGGUCCUCAUUGAAGCUGUGGAGAAUCACACGCCGGAAACAAUCGUGGUAGAUGAGGUCGGGACCGAAGCCGAGGCAAAUGCGUGCCGAACGAUAGCGGAGAGAGGGGUUCAACUCAUAGGGACGGCGCACGGCCACACCUUGGAGAAUGUGUUAAAGAAUCCAUCUUUGUGCGAUUUGAUCGGAGGCGUCGUGAGUGUGACGCUGGGGGACGACGAAGCUCGAAGGCGCGGUGUACAAAAGAGCGUGCUCGAGCGCGAGGGACCACCAACGUUUACAAUUGCUGUCGAAAUGCUCGACGUUGGGACUUGGCGAGUCCACACCGAUGUUGCCGCGUCCGUUGAUGCUUUGCUUGCAGGACAGUCCCCGAUGACAGAGCUUCGCACUCUCAAUGCAGAUGGUUCCGUGACGGCAGAAGCGGAGUACACGAGUCGAAGAACUCCAUCUGCUUACGGACACGUACAAGCCGCGUAUAAUCCCGCGGAGUCUCGUCUCUCCACCUCACCGAGGACACAACUUCGUUCAAGCUCAGAGUGGGCGGCGAUGGAGCUCACGUCGUCGUCUUUGUCGUCAUUGUCAUCGAAUAAAAUUGGGAGCGCGCAGGAUCAGGAUCGAAGGAGUGAGGACGUACGCGACGUGGGUGAAACGGACGAUGACGAGGAAGUUGGAUGCUCGCCGAACGCCUUACGCGUCUUCCCGUUUAAAGUGAGCCGAGAAGCCUUGGAGCGGGUGAUGUCGAGCAUGGGCUUGAGUGAGCGCGUGUGUCUAGUUGACCUUCUCGAAGAUGCCAGCGUCGUUGUCGCCCCCAAGUCGCAGGUGAAAACGUCGACGUGGCUCCGACACGCGGCGCGUGCUCGAGGGAUGCCUAUCUACGCCGUGCGCGCUGAUAACUCGGCGCAGCUUGUUCGAGCUCUUCAAGCGAUGCUCGGUAUCACCGGCGCGGGGGAUGGGAUUGGUAAUGCAUCUCAGGAGGCACAGCAGACGGGAAUUCGAGCGAGCUCUACUGCGGACGAAACGGACGCUCUCGAGGAGGUACGAAUGGCCGUGGAGCAGCUCGUGAUCCCACAUCGUGAGCCCGUGGAGCUGUUGCCGAGAUCGAAUCGCAUCAUCGCGAUGCAACAAGCGCUCGUCGAUACGUACUCACUGUCUCACAGCGCUAUUGGGGAGGGUAACGAGCGCCGCCUGCGCAUCGAAUACGAGUAUAACAAAUUACAAUAG